UUUCCAAUUAAAAAAACAGGCUGCCAGAAAAGGGGAACGCGAACGGCCACUCUCCUCUGCCCGUGCUUUCCUGCCAGUCACCUCCUCCUCCUCCGUCGCCGUCUGCCUUUCUCCGUCGCCGUGCUUCCCGUGCCGACCGCGCGCUGCUCUGCGAACAGUCCCUUCCAUGUCGUCGCCUCGCUGCUGCGCUUCAGUGUGGCUGCAUUUGCCAUUGUGUCGCUAAAACCCUAGCUGUGUGCCUGCGUCGGCGCCGGCGGCCUAGGCCAGCAGGUCAGGGGCCUCCGGGUCUGCUUCGGGGGUUACGGCGCCGCGUUGCUCCCUGCUACCUUGCCUUCAUCUCCCAUUUACUGUCGCUUUCGCAGCACUGUUCUUCCUCCUCCUCCUCACAUCGGCCUCGCCCUCUUCUACUCCGUCUGCUAUUUCCAUACGUCAGAUUUGGUUCACUCUUACUACUGACGAAGCUUCAGAGGGCCGCUGUAUGGGAUAAGUGAACGUGCUGUUACUCUGCUUGCGAGUGGCGUCCCUGGAUCUGGGUUGCAGCCAUUCAGCUUCUUCAGUGCGCCGCUUUAUGGGAUAAGUGAAAGUGUUGUUACUCUUCUUGCGAGUGGCGUCAUUGGGUCUAGGUUGUAGCCAUUCAGCUUGUUUGCCGCUACCUGUUUCUCGGGUGCCAUACGCAUCAGCCUGAGGACCAGUGCCUCCUCUAGCUUUACAGGCUCCACCACAAACAACAACACCAGGCCAACACAGCGGCUCCACAUCUAUCAGCACAAGGCCACCGCAGUUCAAGGAAUCUCGGCAGCGUUCGGAUCAGGAACCACAGACCAUUAGCCAUCAAGUGCUUCAUAUACAAAAUACUCAGACUGCAGCUACCUCUACAUGCCAGACACCAACACCAGAACUUAACACGCAGGACCCAUCUCCAACAGAAACAAUAACUCGGUUUAUCUAUCUCAGGAUUUACAAAACUUAUUCGUUGAACUCUCCUCAGCCACAGUCAUUUAUCUUUAACUAGGCUGACACUUAAAUUUACUAACUUAAUAAUGGCACAGUCAAAUAGAAAAACCUCAAUUUUUUUGCCUAAUAACGUAUUCUAUAUCUAUACCUUCUCACGCCUUCUGAUACAGAAUUACUGAGACCUCUGCUCUACCGUACCUCGUGACAAUGUUCGGAAGCGGUUAUUUGACAACAAAGCAUCUGAUAGUCAGCUCGAUCCAACCGAAGAAGACCACAACUACAACAGAGUUCAGAAUGUUGGGAAAAAACAAAAAUCAAGUGUCAGCUCAAGUGCGCCUACAAAAAUUGACACCUCAUAUGGAUCUAAGAGUGUUCCUGAUGGCCAAACUACCACUGAAGAUAGUGCAAAAACAACCUAAAGAUGUGCUCCACACACACAUGAAAAGGUGCCUCUUCGAGUCACUGCAAAUCAUGGUUCGUUCGACGCAUCAAAAAGACGUUGAAGACAACAAGUAAUGCUUUAGCAGGAGCCUGUUCCCUGUAAAAUUUUCAGGCUAAUGUACUUGCAAGCAAAGUUAGAACCACUAAUGCGUAUAAGGACUUCAAUAUUCUAUCUGAAGCCAGAAAACUAUGUACUUAUCAACCUUAUACUAUGUCAUCAGCUUAUAUGAAGUUUGUUUACCUGCGGACCUAAGUCACUUAAGCCACAGUUGCUACCUCCUCGGACAUUAUGAUAUGCAUGAUUAUAUAUGCGUUGCUGCUGUCUUUAAACAAUUGCCACUUCAUAUAGCUCGAUCAACAUAUAUAAAUCCAGAUUAGUUAUCUCAAAACAUUGUGGCCGUACUUUCAGAGCGCCCUGUAAUAAUAUUUUCCUAAAUGACAUCCCAUGUACCAAAUAUAAUUCCUCUAUGUAUCACCUGUGCUAAUCUAUAUACAUAAGUGUACUGUCAGCCACAAUCCGUAAGAAUGUUUACUCGCGCGCACACGGGGCGCGCGUUUUCUACUAGUAAACCAAGAAGGACGGACAACGGUAAGUAAAACUGUCAUAAAAAAAAAGGACAGCAAAAUUUUCGAAAAAAAAAGGACCGUCUCACGAGACGUAGCAACGCGCCACGUGUCCUAGCAUCACGCCCUGGAAGUUUGUCCUCACAAGUCAAGUCAAGUCAAAUUCACGCCGCAGCAGGCAUCCGCUGGGCGCUGGCUACCGCUCGUGGUCCCUCAGAGCACGAGCCAACCCGGCCGGGCCCCAUUCGCGUCUCCUCCUCCUCCUCACGCACUCGUCGACUCGCCCCCCAAAACCCCAACCGCCUCGUCCGGCGUCGGCGUCGCGCUGCUCCUCCUCCACGCCGUCGACGCCGCCGGAGAGGACGAUCGGGGGUGAGCGGGCAUGGAUUCCUACGCGGCGAGGCUCGACGUCGCGCGGCAGCCGAGGCUGCCAGUGCCAGGGCCCGCGGCUGGGCGCGUCGGACGCGCGUGCCCGCCGCAGCGGGCCGACCACCGCGGCCGUCCUCCUGCCUCUCCUCGCGGCUGCGGCGGGGACACGCGACGCGCUGGUGGCCUGCGGGAGCACGGGGUGGUGGCGGCAGCGGUGGCCGCGACCGCCAUCGCAGCUGGGUCUGUCGGCGACGACGCUGCGGCUGGGGUUGCCGCCGCCAUGGUGGCACGGGAGGAGACGGGAGGCAGCGAGGUGGGGAGUAAGAGGUGCUUGCCGCUGGCGGCCGCGCACCCGCCGCCCAAGCGGAGGGCGGUCUCCGCGAGGAGGAGAUUCCCGCCCCAGUGCGGACGUAACGUGGCUGCUCCGCUCGCCACCGCUAACAACGCUUCACGAUUUGGAGAUGCUGGUGCCGAAGUCUGUUCUGCUGUGUUGGACUUGGAGAAGACGGCUGCUUCUUCUCCCCUCGCCGGUGGCAAAGACGGUGCCCUGUUGGGAGCGGUGUCUCCCGUUUCUGCUGCUACGAGUUUGGUGAAGCAGUUGUGUGCAGUGGACGGUGAUGCUCCAAUGGCGGACGGUGGUCAUCAUGGUCCACAGCCAGGUGUGGUCAAAUCAUCAGAGGCUUUGCGCCGGAGUGGUGGGACUGCCGUAGAUGGUUUGUUGGAUGGUGGUUCACAAGGGGUUGCUGCUGUGUCCAUGGAGGACAGGGGAAAGGGAGCAUGGAGUGGUGAAUUGGGGAGGAAGGAGUUGGUGCCAGAUGCUCACCUGCAAGCAAAUCCUAGGAUGUCUUUGGACGAACGCAGCUUCCCCCUUGGUUACGGAAAGGAUGCAGUAUUAUCGCUGCUUCUUGCUGGAGGUAGUAGCAAAGUGUGCUUGCCAUUGAAAUCUAGGCCUACUGAUAAGUUGGGUGUGUUGGAGGAAGCGGUGGUGGCUACACAUGGCUGUAUUUCCUCGGUGCAGGGGCAUUACAUAAAGAUUGUUUCUAAUGAUGGAACAGUACAGGAUUAUGAACUGGAGGAUGGCGAGAUUCCUCCCGAGCUCGUGGUUCAAGAAUCUCAAGUUUCUACUGGUGUCGCUCUGCAUGAGUCCACAGAUUGUAGGCAUGGGCCUUCUGUUCCAGAAGUUAAUGCUAAGGAAACUUUUGCAAUGCAGCCUUGUAAUGAGAAGACAGGUGGGGAUACAUUACAGUGUGGGGAGAAGAUAUCAUCAUACCUAGUUGCAAAUGAUGUCGAGGUGGUCAACAAAUCCAUCGGGAGUUCAGUCAAUGUUGUUGCCGCAUCUUUGGCUGAAGAUUUGUCCAAACAAAAUAUGGUGGGCAAGAGGGUAUCAGAAAGUGCUAUGAUGAACAUAGUAGAUGUUACAGCAGGAGGAUGUGGCAAUGGUACUACGAUGAGAUGUGUUACUAUGCAUGAUUCUGCAGCUUGUAGACAUGGGGAUUCUGUUCCAGAAAUUAGUGCUGUGGAAACUUCUGUAAUGCAGUCUUCUAAUGAGAAAACAGGUGGCAAUAUAUUGCAGUGUGGAGAUAAGAAAUCAUCUUGCUUAGUUACCAAAGAUAUCGAGGUGAUGAACAAAUCUAUUAGGAUUUCAUGCACUGCUGUUGCUGGACCUUUGGCAGAAGAUUCUUUCAAACAAAAUCUGAUGGGUAAGAGAGUGUCUGAAAGUGCUAGGAUGAACAGGGCAUCUGAUGAUGUUGCAGCAGCAACUUCGGGUAACAGUAUUAUGAUGAGAAGCAAGGUCAGGUUUACACCCCGAAAAGUAAUCAAGCUUUCCAAAGUGAUUCAGAAAUCUACACUGGACACUCGGCAUAGACAUUGUCCUGAGGACAGGGAGAAGGAGACUGAACUCAGCAGGCGUGGGAUCAUAAAUAAGAUUGAGGAUACUGAUAAGCUUACAAAGGAUCGAGUCCUGCAAGCUCCCAUGACACAGGAAAAGGAGGCUGCCACAACUAGGGGCUUCUUUGGUCCUAGGAAGAGGGUGAAGGUAAAAGUUCCAGCUCAUCUUCAGAUGAAGAUUGCCUCUACAUGUGCAUUGGGUUGCAAGGUGAAACUUGAUGAUAAGGUGGCUUCCAGCUUGGAUGAUGAUGACAUAUUAAAGGCAUUAGUUGUAAAUGAAGGAAAUCUUGAGCUGUUCCUCAAUAGCUACUCAAGUCUUACUUCUGCGAGGUGUCAAAUGAAACAUGGAUCCCAGAAUGCAGAUGCUAGGAGCAAAUUCAAGAUGCUGUGUAGAAGGUUUGAAUUUGUAUGCCGGGCUCUAGUACAAGCUGUGGAGCAGAAUUCACUUAAGAUUAGAAGAAUUGAUCUACAAGCUGACAGAGUAAUAAGGAAAUUACCAGGUUUUACCAAAAGUGGUCCUAUUGUUGGACAAGUUCCUGGAGUUCAAGUUGGUGAUGAAUUUCUAUAUAGAGUUCAGCUUGCCAUUGUUGGUCUACAUCUUGCAUACCAAGGAGGCAUUGACACCACCAUCUAUAGAAAUGGUGAGCGCAUUGCAAUAAGCAUUGUUGCUUCUGGGGGUUACCCAGAUGAAUUGUCUUCCUCAGGUGAAUUGAUAUACAGUGGUUCUGGUGGGAAGCCUGCUGGUAAGAAAGAUCAUGAGGAUCAGAAGCUUGAGCGUGGGAAUCUUGCACUCAAGAAUUGCAUCAAGACAAAGACUCCAGUGAGGGUCAUUUACGGUUUUAAGGCUCAAAAUAACAGGGUAGGCAGUCAUUCGAGGGCCAGAGAAGUUUCAACAUUCACUUAUGAUGGGCUAUAUCGAGUGUUGGAUUUCUGGAUGGAUGGUCAACCAGGUUCAAGGGUUUUUAAGUACAAGCUAAAAAAGAUACCUGGGCAACCAAAACUUCCAAUGCACAUGGCCGAAGGGAUGAGGAAGUCCAAAACACGUCCAGGCCUGUGCGAGAUUGAUAUAUCUCAAGGGAAGGAGGGAAUUCCCAUCUGUGUCAUUAAUACAGUUGAUACGGAGCGACCUGCACCUUUCCGAUACACCACUAGAAUUAGAUAUCCAUUCGAGCUUACCAAAAAACGCCAUCAGGGUUGUGACUGCACGAAUGGAUGCUCAGACUCUGUGAGCUGCGCAUGUGCUGUGAAGAAUGGAGGAGAAAUCCCAUUUAACUUAAAUGGUGCAAUUGUCAAUGAAAAGCCCCUUAUCUUUGAGUGUGGUCCAUCUUGUAAAUGCCCUCCUUCAUGCCAGAACAAGGUUAGUCAGCAUGGUUUGAAAAUACCGCUGGAAGUAUUCAAGACAACCAAAACAGGCUGGGGCGUAAGAUCCCUAAGGUCCAUUUCUUCUGGCAGCUUCAUAUGUGAGUAUGUUGGUGAGCUUCUGUAUGGCAAUGAAGCUGACGAGAGAAGGAACAGCAAUUUCUUGUUUGAUAUAGGCCUUAACCAUGGUGAUGAGAAUUUUUGCAAUGGGUUGUUAUCAGACGUUUCAGAUAUGAAGUCUUCUAGCUCUUCCUCGCAGAUCCUGGGAGAUGUAGGCUUCACAAUAGACUCUGCUGAGUGUGGAAAUAUUGGAAGAUUCAUCAACCACAGCUGUUCACCUAAUCUUUACGCACAAAAUGUUCUUUGGGACCAUGAUGAUUUAAGGAUUCCCCAUAUUAUGUUCUUUGCUGCGGAGACAAUUCCACCACUGCAGGAGCUGACUUAUGACUAUAACUAUGAAAUAGAUCAUGUUGAAGAUGUGAAUGGAAGAAUAAAAUUCAAAGUUUGUCAGUGUGGUUCUUCUGGAUGCUCUGGAAGGCUCUACUAAGGCAUGGCAAAUGUAGUUUUCUGAAAACAUUGUUUACUUGUAUACUUCACCAUUAGUCUAAGUUGAUAUGUAGAUAAUAUGAGAUGUUACUGCCAGAAAGUUUGAUGACAUGUAGAUAACAUGAGAUAUUACUGCUCGUAGAGAAAAUUACUAGUUAUGCUCAA